AUGGGCAAAGUUCUACAAUUCGUUUCGCACGACGAACAGCACAGUCUGCCAACAACAUACCCCGGACUUAAGACAGCUAUUCUAGGCGCACUGCACGUCGCUCUCGAUUACCGCAACGAAGAGGCCUUGGAGAUCAUUCUGGAAAGAUUCACUCUUUUGGGAUAUUGCCUUGACGACGGUGACGCUGGCAUGAGCAAUAUCAGUGCGCCUGGCUUCACGGACAGAAGAGUUCUGGAGGCGUUGGAGAACGCAAACUGGACUUUAGCAGCGAAUCUGAUAAUAGCACAAAAGUCCAAGGCAAGUCUAUAUGACUCUUAUUCGUAUCCGAUGCAAUGUCAGGAGCUCAAGGAUGCCCUUAAAAAGCUGGACUUAAGGCUUGCAUACCACUGGUAUGGCCGAAUCAGUCAACCUUACAAGGACCAGUUCCUAGACGCUAUACUCAAACUCGCGAUCAGCCUCCACGACUCCGCUAUAGCUAUCACCAUCAUCGAGGAUAUGGAGGAAUACUCCCAACGAGGCGCAAUGGGUGUCGCAGCCCUACUGGAACAUGGUCAGACCGCAAUAGUCAGUUCCAUUCUAAUGAGACACCCUGCGUGGAAGUCUGCAUUAGACUCUGCGAGUGGGCCCAACGACUUCGGCGCCUUAGAGGCAAUGUUCUUCCACGGUUCAGCAGUGCCACUCAUUACGAAUCCAGAGGCAGAACAUGUUGCUCUCACACUGGCUCAACUGCAACUGUGUUUCCGGAUCGUUGCUUACCAUGCCAUGGAAAAAAACGAUUACAAACUAUGUACAUGGCUGUUACAGGUCGGUAUGGAACCUGACGAGUUUCAUCUACUUUGGAAUGAAGAUUACGAUUAUAGGGAUCUUUCAAAUUGGAGUGAAAGGAUUCAAGUUCAAAAGCAUCCAGUUAUGCACUGUUCUUUGCCCGGGGGAAUUGGUAAGGCGUUUGAUCAUGGUGAAAACCCUCAGUUCACGCUGCCUUCGCUUCUUGCCGUUGCGGCCGAGCAGAGCAAUAUACGUUGGUUGAAAUACCUUGUGACUGAAGGCAUCUCUGUCGUGGACUCGAUGGCGUUAUGGCGAGCAAUCAAGUCGAGGGCGACUAUCGCCACACUCCGUUUCCUCAUAGACGCAGCAAAGGCUAGGAAAUCUUCAGCUGAACGAAGCUACGGUAUUGCAGCACUUCGCCAAGCGAUUCGGUACCGCGACAUCUCUAGAAUCGACGUUCUGUGCGGUGCUGUAAACGUCGAUGAGAUCGGGUCAUUUACUGAGGAGUUUCUGGGAGGGGAAUCUGCUAUCAACCCCUUAGGUGAAGCGAUAAUCGCGGACGACUCCGAGACGGUACAGCUAUUACUGCGUCAUCGUGCUAGUCCGAACGCAUACGUAUCCUUCGAUGGCUUGAUGUUGGGGCACAUCACAAGUCACAUGCGACGAGUAACUCCCUUGCUGGCCGCUAUCGACGUACAAAGUCUUCCUCUAGUAAAGAUACUGGUGCAGCACGGAGCAGAGCUGCAGUACACAAGCAACAUGGGUAUCAGCCGCACGCCUUUGCAAAGAGCCGCCGAGACGGGUAGCUUCGAAAUCGUGGAGUACCUCGUCGACCAGGGUGCCAUCAUUGAUACAAACCCAGUCUACUCGGGCGGUACCGCUUUGCAACUAGCUGCUAUGAACGGGUUUUGCGGCAUCGCAGCUUUCCUGCUUGAGCACGAAGCCGAUCCACACUACGCGCCGGCUAAAGGCCAUGGCCGAACUGCCUUUGAAGCAGCAGCAGAGUGGGGUCAUGUCGACACAAUGUCGCUUUUGAUGCAGUGGAAAGUCGACCUCGAUGCGCAGUUUGGGGAACCUCCCGAAAGUCAGUACGAGCGGGCUCGGCGGUUUGCCGAAAAGAACGGUUUCAUGGCGUCAAAGCGGUUCGUUGAACAUCUCUAUGGGCAAAGGACGAGAGACGAAAGUUGGCAUGCGGGUUUGGCGUUGGAUUGGAUGUGA